AAUAAACUUAUAUGACAUACACUGAACCUGUGUUGUUAUUUCACCUAUGUGACUUAACAUGACUUCUUAUACAUAUACUUACCUUUAUUGUCUGGGCUUGCCUGGCUUGAUUACACUGAAUACAUAAACCAAUUCAACACAAUUUAUUUGUGUUAUUUUAUUAUUAACCUACCUGAUUAUACCUUAUAAUGUCACUGCUGCCAGAUAGUGACAUACCUAUCAUUAUAACCUAUACCUUGUCCCGGGGUUUACCUGGCCUGAUUUCACUAUGUGUUUACUAUAUGUAAUAUUAUUGCAAUAAUGCAUUUAUGCAUAACAAUUACAUCCAGUUUGACUGCAUAUAUUCUUGUGUUUCAUGGUUGGUGUCAUAUUCAUGACCAUCCAUCUCACAUUCAUACUUAUUCUGGUGGCUGGUGUUAUUGCAAUGCCGCUGAAGCCAUAGUAGGGACGUUAGGGACAUUUUUGCUUAGUAUACUCGGGGGUCAAUCCAGUUCGGUAGUCUCUGCUUCUGUUGAUCCUCUUGCACUCUGGUGUAUUAGGGGGACGAUCAGUGAUGAGUAGCUGCAUAUUGACCUCCGGUUGCUAAGUCGCUCAUUUUUCUUAUCUUUAGCGCCAUGGCUAUGGUGCUGACUAUGCAUCACAAUGACUUUUGUUAGAUUGGAUGUAAAUCUGUCUAACUUAAAUAAUUUUAUUACAUAUGUGAAAUUGGUGUUAGGAAGCUCUUCCCUUUACCUACCAAUUUACUUUACCUAAUGCUUCUGAUAGGCCACUUUUAUGUGCAUAUCAAUUAUUGGAUCCGUUCCAUAGACCCAUUUGUUGUUGAUGAGGGGGGCCAGACGAGCGAUGAUGAGGCCACAUUGGUUUUGAGCGAUGGUCGGGAUUCUUUACCACCUUUCUUUUUUAAUUAUCUACCAUUUCUUAUGUUAUUCGUAAGCUUUAAGAUUCAGUCUAUUACAUCAUAUAUUAAGUUUCUAACCAAUUUCUUACUUUCUUAUUAGUCUUUAUAAGUAGUAUAUUAUGUUAGUAUUAUUCUUUAUUUACAUGCCCUCAAUAACAUGCAUUCAUAUCUGACUCAGCUACCUUCAUAUAAAAUAAUUUAAGUUACUACAAAACACAACAUAAGGUCCUACUUUUAUACUAGACGAUUACAACAAUAUUGGCCAUUUUAAUCACUUAGUUGAGUAUAACCCAGAGUCAAAUCCUGGUCAGUUUAGUCGUGGGUUAGUUAUGGAAUUAUUUAACUACUUAAAGGAGGUGGGGUGUUACAACUCCACUCCAUUAAAAAUACACUCGCCUGCAAAACUAUGUACUACAAUUUUAAAAUUCCUUUUUUUGUAAACUUUAGAAGUGAGAGAUUUAAAAUAAAAAUAUUCUACUAGAUAAUUUUAUCAGCUUUCUUUGUAACUAUUGAACUACUUAUUUACAUAAGUAAGUAGUAACCAUCUUACUUUUGGACAAUCAAGUGAUCAGCCUGUUAUGUCCUAACCAAACUAGGGAUUAGAAAGUAAUUUUUGUCAUUUUUCCCUACCCGGAUUCUAACCCGGGACCUCCGGAUUGUGUUUAAAGUUUAUUAUAGAGAAAUCAUCAGCAAGCAUGUUUGGCUGAAUGAAGUCGUAAGUGUUAGUUCGAGAAACCAUAUUUAAACUUACUUUAGAACGCUGUGAAGUAUAGAUAGUAUACUUUAGUAGACAGUCAAUAUGUUUGUUGUUUGGAAAAUUUGGUAGGUGUAAGUAGUAUAAUUACGAGUAUAACCAUAGACUUAGUAGCGCGAGUCUCUAUAAGUUUUAGAUUUCUAGAUAUAUUUUUUUAAAUUUGUUUGUUGUGUUUAUUUUUUUAAAUGUUAUAGAAGGUUGAUUCUUUGCAGGAACCAUCCGUACACGGCGCGCCCCGUGGCCUGAGCCGUUGUUCACCUCGUCGCCCAACCCGUCGCCGGCACUGUCGCCCUCCUCGUCGGCCAACUCGCCGCCGGCCCCGUCUCCCGUUUGUUCGCCCGACCCAUCGCACUACCUACGGCCGGCCGUGUCGCCUGCCCCGUCACUCGGACCAUGGUCGGUUCCGUCUCCUACCCCGUCACUCGGAUCAUGGUCGGCUCCGUCGCCUACCCGGUCACUCGGAGAAUGGCCGGCCCCGUCUCCCGUCCAUUCGCCCAAGUCGACGCCCGCCCCGUCAGCCAACUCGUCGCUGACCCUGCCACCGAUCCGGUGUCCCGUGCCGGCACCCAACCGGUCGCCAAGGCCGGCCCUGUCGCCUACCCCGUCACUCGAACCAUGGUCGGUUCCGUCUCCUACCCCGUCACUCGGACGAUGGUCGGCUCCGUCUCGUACCCUGGCACUCGAGCCAUGGCCGGCUCCGUCGCGUACCCGGUCACUCGGAGAAUGGCCGGCCCCGUCUCCCGUGCCGGCACCCUACCGGUCGCCAUGGCCGGCCCUGUCGCCUUCCCCGUCACUCGAACCAUCGUCGGUUCCGUCUCCUACCCCGUCACUCGGACCAUGGCCGGCUCCGUCGCCUACCCGGUCACUCGGAGAAUGGCCGGCCCCGUCUCCCGUGCCGGCACCCUACCGGUCGCCAUGGCCGGCCCUGUCGCCUACCCCGUCACUCGAACCAUCGUCGGUUCCGUCUCCUACCCCGUCACUCGGACCAUGGCCGGCUCCGUCGCCUACCCGGUCACUCGGAGAAUGGCCGGCCCCGUCUCCCGUGCCGGCACCCUACCGGUCGCCAUGGCCGGCCCUGUCGCCUUCCCCGUCACUCGAACCAUCGUCGGUUCCGUCUCCUACCCCGUCACUCGGACCAUGGCCGGCUCCGUCGCGUACCCGGUCACUCGGAGAAUGGCCGGCCCCGUCUCCCGUGCCGGCACCCUACCGGUCGCCAUGGCCGGCCCUGUCGCCUUCCCCGUCACUCGAACCAUCGUCGGUUCUGUCUCCUAUCCCGUCACUCGGACCAUGGCCGGCUCCGUCGCGUACCCGGUCACUCGGAGAAUGGCCGGCCCUGUCGCCUUCCCCGUCACUCGAACCAUCGUCGGUUCCGUCUCCUACCCCGUCACUCGGACCAUGUCCGGCUCCGUCGCCUACCCGGUCACUUGGAGAAUGGCCGGCCCCGUCUCCCGUGCCGGCACCCUACCGGUCGCCAUGGCCGGCCCUGUCGCCUUCCCCGUCACUCGAACCAUCGUCGGUUCCGUCUCCUACCCCGUCACUCGGACCAUGGCCGGCUCCGUCGCCUACCCGGUCACUCGGAGAAUGGCCGGCCCCGUCUCCCGUGCCGGCACCCUACCGGUCGCCAUGGCCGGCCCUGUCGCCUUCCCCGUCACUCGAACCAUCGUCGGUUCCGUCUCCUACCCCGUCACUCGGACCAUGGCCGGCUCCGUCGCCUACCCGGUCACUCGGAGAAUGGCCGGCCCCGUCUCCCGUGCCGGCACCCUACCGGUCGCCAUGGCCGGCCCUGUCGCCUACCCCGUCACUCGAACCAUCGUCGGUUCCGUCUCCUACCCCGUCACUCGGACCAUGGCCGGCUCCGUCGCCUACCCGGUCACUCGGAGAAUGGCCGGCCCCGUCUCCCGUGCCGGCACCCUACCGGUCGCCAUGGCCGGCCCUGUCGCCUACCCCGUCACUCGAACCAUGGUCGGUUCCGUCUCCUACCCCGUCACUCGGACCAUGGCCGGCUCCGUCGCCUACCCGGUCACUCGGAGAAUGGCCGGCCCCGUCUCCCGUUCAUUCGCUCAACAAUAGCCGUCGCCUAACUCGUCGCUCAACUCGUCGCCGUCUGAGUACUACUAAACAUCCGUAAAUAGCAGAUGUUGCCGAAUCCGCUGGCGUGAAGGCAAACUACUAACAAACCCAACACUAAAGCCAAGAUAGGCGAAGCGCAAGUGCCAUGAUCACGGGACGACGAAACAAUACGUGUACAAGCAUUAAGAAAAUUUGCACAAAACAAACCAAAGACUGACGGUAGCCAUGCAGCCGUCAAGCACGGUCCUUCGAAGGAGGUUAAGAAAGACAGGAUUAUCCAUAAGCACAACCAACUGUCGGCUAAGAGUCUUCUGGACAUCGUGUCAUUCCAAAAUUUACACGGACACUCCCCUGUAGUAUUAGUGGAUCGUUUGAGUCAUAAUUUCGAGACUGGCAGUCAGAAUGGACGAGAGACUGGCAGUAGAGCCACGUCAGUGGGUAGUGGGGUUCACAGACCCUCAGGAGGCCGCGACCUCGCCAAAGGCUGUGACGCGUCUUCAGGGCGAGAAGGAAAAAGAAGUACGACACACAACGACACUCGCGUACUAACUGCUAGAUUGGAAGAACCCAAUCAUAUUAAAGACGACGAUACGAGCUCAAUAGCUGGUUCUUUAAGUGAAAGUUCAAAGGGCAAUCGAGAAGAUGAGCGCCCAAUGAAGUAUUUCAAAGUAAAUAACCAAAACACGACGGCGUUGCAAGCCACACCAGAACGGGGUCCUUCGGCAAGUAUUACUCGUCCAACCACCAAAAGAGCUCUGGCGACAAGAC